AUGUAUGGGGCACUGGACGUGUACUUUUUGGCGCUGCUGAACCACUACCGCCAGAGCGUUGUGGGGACCCACUACUUCCUGCUCGUAGUGCUGCUACUUGCAACUGGCGAAUCGGUUGCGUGGUUUGUGACGUAUAAGCUGCUGAACGACUCGGGUAUGCCGGUGUGCUGCCCCUACCCGGACUUGGUGCUUUUUUCCACUCUCGUGAAGGUGAUGGCAGGUAUGGUGGCACGCAUCGCUACCACCCUUGUGAGCUUGGGCUACGGAAUUGUGCGGAUGCAAAUAUCGUGGCCAGAGGUUUUCGUGGUUUCUGGUCUCGGAGUUUGCUACUUUAUCGCAGUGGGGGCACUGGAAGUGAGUCACCUUGUCAAUCAGUCGGAUGGGGAGGUGCAACCCCCUGCUGUUUGGGAAGCUCUCGUUAUUAUGACGAACGCUUGCUUCGGGGGGUGGAUUUUCUUGUCACUCGAGUUAACCCGCAAGAACCUAGCAGCCUUUGGCCAGACAGCGAAACUGCAGAUGUAUACCUCACUGAAUCGGAUCCUCGUUGCUUAUGUGGUGUUGUCCUUCAUUUUGAUGGCAAUUGAGGGGGCUGUCUAUUCAGGCGCAGUAUGGGUGCCGUGGCCGUAUAUGUGGGUGAUAUGGGCGGCUACUCGCCUGCUCUUUUUCGGAAUUUUGAUGGUAGUGGUUUACCUGUGGCGGCCGACACAACACGGUCUGCUGUAUGCCCGGAUGGACCAACUACCAAGUCGUGAGCCGGUCACACCGUCUUCAAUUGCUCAGGGGAUCGAAUUGACGCAGCGCGUGGCAUCCGCUGCGGAUGAUGAAAGCUCACCCUCAGCGAAGGCUUCGCCGGUCAAAGCGGGAUCCACCACUAGCUCACGUGACUCUACUGUCGAGUCCCUGUGA